AGCGGUUGUAGCAACAUGGAUAGAGUGCCCAGCAUUCGGUCUCUAACUAAUCUGCAAGUUCUUGAUCUUUCAUGGUCAACCAUAGUGGAGUUCCAGGACAAGUCAUUUCAAAAUAAUACAAGUCUGAAGAUCCUUGAUUUAUCUGGAACUGCUAUUCCUUCAUUACCUUUUAACAUCGGUGCCAGUAAUCUUGUAAAAAUUGAAGGAAAGUUCUUUGAAUGUUUAGAAAAUCUCCGAGUUCUCAACCUGUCAGGAACAAAAGUCAAAGAUCUACCAUCCCUUUCUACUCUCCACAACCUCCGUCAGCUGUUACUUUCAUGUUGUCUGAAUCUGGAGAAGUUGCCAAGGUUGGCUUCAAGCAAACUGGAAGAGCUUGAUCUAUCUGACUGUAAGGCAAUGACAAUGAUAGAAGAUAAAUCUUUUGAGCAUCUACCUCGCCUUCGUCGGCUUGUCCUCUCUCAAACAAAGAUUGUACACUUACCAGAACUCAACUCCCUCUCAAAUCUUGAGGAGCUAAAUUUGAGUGGUGUUAAAUCAUUUACCGGAGCUGAUUUCAUAGAGCACAUGAGCAAACUUCAGGUUCUAAACCUCUCCGAGACCUUGCUUAAAGAGCUACCGGCCUUAACGAAUCUCAAAAGCCUUAAGCAUCUGUUUUUGAGGGGCUGUGGACAAUUAGAGGUUCUCCCUCUCUUGGAAGUACUUCACAACCUUAAGACUCUUGAUCUUUCUCAAACAGCACUGAGGCAACUGCCGUUUGUAGGAAGUUUGAGUAACCUGCAUAAACUGUUGCUCAGAGACUGUUCAAAAUUGGAAAACUUUAAAAACCACAAGCUGCUUGGCAUGUCUGGAGUUGAAAAUCUCCCUUGUGGAAUCCCAAGAUUGACACAGCUGCAACAUCUUGCUUUACCCAGUAUGAAGGAAGACAUCCAAGCAGCUGACACUAAUGAGGUAACUAGCUGGACGCAAAAGCCUAGUGCAUCACUUUGGUCCUUCUCCAUUGUGGAUCGAACGGUACCAAACACUAGCAGAUCUUUACUUUCUUAUAACGGUUCACUAUUUCUUGAAUUUCUGGACAGCAAUCCUUCUGUAUUGGACUCAACCUCAAAUCAUUUCCAUCUCUUUGUUCAUCCUUCUGAAGUGGCAAAUGGUGCAGGGGACAUGCUCUUCCACAAGGAUGAAUUGGUUUUUAGAGAUGUCUAUCUAUUAACUAGGCAUUGCUCUAAAUCUCAAGGGCAGUUAGUGGAGAUUCAUCAUCUGAGUGCUUUUUCCGAGGGCAUUGAGGCUGUACUUCAUAAUGCUGAGUAUAUAUUCUUGUUUGAUAGUUUGUUUUUCAAAUCAUUUUCUGAUUUAGGUGCUGGCAACAUCAAGACGUUGAAAGGUUGUUGGAUUGAGGGAUGUGAAAAUAUGGAGUUCGUUAUAGAGACGAAUGACUUAGUAGACAGUAGCGAACGGGGGAUAGAACUUGAGAUUUUAUGGAUUUCAAAUGCAUCGAGUUUAAGGAGCAUGUACAGUGAAAACCUGCGGUUGGGGAGCUUUCAGAAUCUGAAGUGCUUGUAUCUAGAUUGUUGCCCAAAGCUGUCGAGUGUUUUCUUUUCAUCCCACCUGCUGCAGAUGCUUGAAAUUCUUCAUGUCAGAUUUUGUGAGAAUUUGGUGGCUUUGUUUGGAGAUGAUGUAGAAGAGCAUAAAUUGCCAAACUUACGAACAUUGCGUUUGUGGGAACUACCAAAACUGAAAAGCAUUGGGUGCAUAAUGCCGUCUCUACAAAGUUUAGAAGUAGGCGAGUGUCCGAUGCUUGGACACAUGCUAUCUUCACUUCAUGUACCAGAAAAACUUGAGGUCCUUAAAGUCAGAAAUUGUAGUGAGUUGGGCAAUUUGCUUGAAGGAUUGACACCAGACAACUGCAAAUUGCCUCAUCUAGCUGAAGUUCACCUGUGGGGAUUACCAAAGCUGACAAGAAUUGGGAUUGAAUCACCCUUGUUGAGAUCUUUGAAAAUUGGAGAUUGUUCUGUGCUUUUACAUGUUAGUUAUAUGCCAGAAAACCUGGAGGUCCUCAAGGUCAGAUUCUGUGACAACUUGGAAGCUAUAUUUGUUGGCAUGACAUCUGAAAAUUUCAUACUGCAAAGCUUACAUACGGUUCAUCUUUGGGGUUUACCAAAGCUGGUCAGCAUUGGAGCCAGAUUGCCACCUCUGCAGAAGUACAUUAUCAGGGACUGUCCCAAACUAGCUCUCCCGGUGUCAUGAUUGGCCAGCUCUUUAACCACAUCGCAGGAUUUGUUAGCUGCACUGUGAAUGGUAGAGGAAUGUAUUCUUAACAUGGAACAAGCUGUUCCAAACCAGAUUGCUUUGUUUGCUAUUAACAUGGGCAGGAAUUGUCCCAAACUAGAUUUCUUUGUUUGCUAUUAACACAUUUUUGGUGAAAUUUUGGAGCAUUGUAAAUUAUUUUAGAGUUUUUGAGUGCUUUUCACUAUAAUAAUUUAA